AUGUCGAGAUUUCUGCGGCGCAUUCGCGCCACAGGAGCGACAACACCUAAACUGAACCGCCAAGGCAAUUUUGAUCCGUACGAAUACACCAGCGGCUGCUGGAUGCGCGAUGACGCGGAACAGCGUCAAGCUCGAAGGGUCGAGUUCAACUUCCCAAUGCUCCGCCAGAAAGCUGUACAGACCUGUUCCGGCGCCAAGGAAGACUUGCGGUGCGUCAAGGUGGAGGGGAACUUCAACCGUGCUUUCAUCUUGUAUCUCGACAACGGAUUGGUGGUUGUUGCGCGAAUUCCUUUCUCUGUAGUAGGUCCCACACGUUUGGUAACAAACUCCGAGGUGGCUACCCUAGCGUACAAGAAUACCUCGGUGCCUGUACCCAAGGUGCUCGGUUGGAGUGACGAUCCUUGUAACCCGGCCGGGACCGAGUACAUCAUUAUGGAACAUGCGCCAGGCCACGUCUCAUGCGUCAAAAAUCUGGCUUUGUUGGUCAAACAGAUGCACAGUCUCAAAUUUCGGGCCUACGGCAGCAUCUAUUUUGUCGAUUCCCUCGUUGAUGAUUCAAGACGCAUCGGGUUAACUGGCAAAUUUUGCAUCGGACCGCAUUGCGAUAAUAGAUAUUGGCCUUGCAUUCCUGGAGAGCCACGUCUCUAUGACAGGGCACCGCCAAAUCGCGGACCGUGGACUACUUUCAACGAGUUUAUGCGCGGUCUUCUUGAUGCCGGCAUUGCUCGCAUCCCCUCAGAGACCAAGACGCAGACUCUCCCCUACCGCGGAACCGUGGGAGAACACCUGGAACUCAUAGCGCGCAGUCGGCAUGUUCUUGAAGCUUUGGCACAGAACCAACAACUCCAGAAAGUUUCAGAAUCGGCACUCUUCCAUCCCGAUCUACACAAGCGAAAUAUCUUUGUCGACCCGGCUGACCCAACAAGAAUUACGGCGCUUAUCGACUGGCAAGCUGCAUGCAUUGAUCCCAUCUUCUUCAGCGCCAGCGAAACCCCUGACCUGUGCGACUAUCCCGAGUCCUUUGAAGACGUCCUCGACCACUUUGGGAUCCAAAAUUCCGAGAAGAUGUCGAUUUGUGCAUCAAGACUUGGGAGAUUGGUCUCAGGGGCACCGAGACUCCACCACGCUCGAAUGUUGGAUAAAGACCUAGCCCAGCCAUUUAGAUACUGUUACUCUUCAUGGCGGGACAGUAGUACCGUCUUUCGAGAUGGACUGAUCAAACUGUCUCGCAGAUGGGGUGAGCUUGGCUUGGCUGGUUCAUGCCCCUACCAGCCAUCCGAGGAGGAACUAGCUGAACAUGCCAAGCAACUGGAUGACUUGGAGGCUGCCGAGAAACUGAAGGACUUUCUAGAGUCUCGGGCUGCGGCCUUGGAACAGUGGUUGGAGGUUGCCAGCGAAGAUAUGGGUGAAACAAAAGCCAUGCAGUUCUGGCCGUUUGAUCUCUAA